AUGUCAACUCUAUUAAUAAACUCUUCUUGCGAAGAAGUCUUUGGUGGUAGUAGUAGUAACUCAGUCUCGCAGUUAGUCAAUGUCCAUUUUAGCAAUAGAAACAUAUCUUCUUCACUCUCCAACAACAGAGAGCACCAGGAAGAUAUCAAAUUCCGAAUAAAACAUCAAGAACAUUUUUCUGCUGCUGCUUGGGAGUCCUUUUCCAAAAAGUGGGAUAACGAUAAUAAUAUUAAUGUUAAUAUUUCAGAUGAAGAAUAUCGACAAGAAUGGGGUGAUGAACAUUUGACAGAUGUAUUUAUAAAGAAUCACGGUCUGCAUCAAUUCUUUUAUGAUUUUUCAACUUCAUUCCAUGGUCAGGAUAGUGGUAUUAAUGGAGUUAAUCGAAACACAUCAUCAUAUCAAAAUGGGAGUGGCAAUUUAGUCGAGGAAUUUCAACAAUUUAAUAUAAUGAAUGACGUCUAUCACUCUUCUGAUUAUACCGCCGCAGCGACAACCACCACAUUUCAAACCAACCACAAUGAUCUUCACCAAGCAUGUAUUUAUCUACUGGACCAUCUUAUUUCACUAGUAUCACAAUCAAGCACACAUCAAAGCACGCGUAGACCGUGUCCUGAAGCUGAAUGGGACUGGCAAAACAACGGCUGGAAUUGUUGA